AUGGCGGAGCUGCCGAUGUCGGCGCCGGGCCCGCCGCGCUCCAUCCGCCGCCAUCCGCCCGCCCGCGGCCCCGCCGCGGUCACAGGCGCGGCCCGGCAGCCUCGGAUGGCGGGCGAGAAGGCGCCGGAGAAGAAGCCAGCUGAGAAGAAGCCGGGCAAGAAAAAGGCAGGGGAGAAGAAGCCGGCGGAGCAGAAGCCAAGCCAGAAGGCAGCAGGGGACAAGAAGAAGAGGGUGAAGAAGUACCAUGCCAGCCGUAACCCCGUCCUGGCCCGCGGCAUCGGGAGGUAUUCCCGCUCUGCCAUGUACGCCAGGAAAGCCCUGUACAAGCGCAAGUACACGGCCCCAGAGACGAAGAUAGAGAAGAAGAAGAAGGAGAUGCCCCGUGCCACCAUCACUAAGCCAGUGGGUGGAGACAAGAAUGGAGGCAGCCGGGUGGUUAAAAUCCGGAAGAUGCCCAGGUACUACCCCACGGAGGACGUUCCCCGGAAGCUGCUGAGCCACGGCAAGAAGCCCUUCUGCGAGCACAAGCGGCGCCUGCGCGCGUCCAUCACCCCCGGCACGGUGCUGAUCCUGCUCACCGGCCGGCACCGCGGCAAGCGCGUUGUGUUCCUGAAGCAGCUUGAUACUGGCCUUCUGCUUGUUACAGGCCCCCUGGCUGUCAACCGUGUGCCUCUGCGCAGGGCCCACCAGAAAUUUGUCAUUGCCACAUCCACAAAGGUGGAUCUCACUGGGGUCAAAAUUCCCAAGCAUCUCACGGAUUCCUACUUCAAGAAGAAGAGGCUGAGGAAGCCCAAGCACCAGGAAGGAGAGAUCUUUGACACUGAGAAAGAAAAAUACGAGCUGACGGAGCAGCGCAAGACAGACCAGAAGGCCGUGGAUUCCCAGAUCCUGGCACGGAUCAAGAAGGUGCCUCAGCUCCGGGGGUACCUGCGCUCCACGUUCUCUCUCUCAAAUGGAGUUUAUCCUCACAAAUUGGUGUUCUGAGCCUUCUGCAAGCACCACAUUAAACUCCAAGGGAAAAAAAAGCAA